UUCCACCCUGACCAGUACUGUACUCUGUGCACUUUCACAGCUGCAAUUGGCAGCAAGAGGAGGAAGUAAAAGGCACUGAGUUCGAACAGGAAGGAGAGGGGCAUUGCCUGAAAAUGGGGCUGUUAAAGGCAUUUAUCCCGAUCUGCCUCUUGUCGUACGCUGUCUCUAGCCUUCCACAGUUUUCUUUCGAGGAGAUAAGAUAUUUCAAGGAAUGGAUGAUAACGCACAAAAAAAACUAUGGCCCAGAAGAGUAUGAGCACAGGCUCCAGACUUUCAUUCAAAACAAGAGAAAGAUUGAUGCUCAUAACAGAGGUCGACACUCCUUUCAAAUGGGACUCAACCAGUUUUCUGAUUUGACCUUCAGUGAAUUUCAGUCACUGUAUUUGAUGCAAAAACCACAGAACUGUUCAGCAACACAAGGGAACCAUUACAGGAGUGCAGAUAUACUGCCUGAGAAUGUAGACUGGAGAAAAAGAGGAAAUUACAUCACUCCUGUGAAGAAUCAGGGUGGCUGUGGAAGCUGCUGGACCUUUUCCACCACUGGAUGUUUAGAAUCUGUGAUUGCAAUAAAAUCAGGAAAACUUGUCUCACUGGCAGAACAACAACUUGUGGACUGUGCACAGAAUUUUAAAAACCAUGGAUGUGCAGGGGGACUGCCAAGUCAAGCCUUUGAAUAUAUUAAGUACAACAAUGGACUGGAAACGGAGCAAGAUUACCCUUAUGAAGGAAAGGAUGGAACUUGUAGAUUCGAGCGGAGCAAAGCUGCUGCAUUUGUCAAGGAUGUAGUCAAUAUCACUCAGUAUGAUGAAGAUGGCAUGGUGGAUGCUGUGGCAAGACUGAACCCAGUCAGUUUUGCUUUUCAAGUGACUGAUGACUUUUUACUUUACACAGAAGGUGUCUAUUCCAACCCAAACUGUAGUUCUACACCGGAUAAAGUGAAUCAUGCUGUGCUAGCUGUGGGCUAUGGAGUGUCCAAAGGGACAAAGUACUGGAUUGUGAAGAAUUCCUGGGGUACUUCCUGGGGAAUUGAUGGAUAUUUCUACAUUGAACGAGGAAAGAACAUGUGUGGCUUGGCAGCAUGUGCUUCCUACCCCAUCCCCUUGUUUUGAGGUGUCAGAGAUGCUCAGGUGCAAUGGAAUCCCCUUCGGAUGAGAUAUUACUAAAUAGCUUGGCUGAAGUCCUACAAGGGGAAAUAUUUACAUUGUUGAUUACUACUUAAAAAUAUCUAUUUUCCAAACUGCUUCUUAAUCCAAAUUGCACUGAGAUUUAAUAAUACUGACUAUACUUCUUUUUUAUUUCUCCAAGCAUAAAAUUAUUUCUAAUGACCAAUUUUAAAAGCUCAUUACAUUAAUUCCAUUCAAAUUAGUGCCAAAUUUCAGCUUGAAGUAAAUGUAGCAUUUAUAAAAAGGAUCACUUCUGUGGCAAAUGAAUGAAUUUUUCAAAUAAGUGCUGACUAGAUUCCUGAAUGAGUGAUUAAAAACCUAUGAUUGAUACUCAAAUUGAUCAUUUUAGCUAGAGUUUGAGAUUAAGAUAUUUUUGCCAAUGAGCUUUAAACAGCUAUCUGAAUUCAGUGGCAAAACUUCAGCCUUAAUUUAAAAAUCUCAAUGCUGCAAAUCUGAAACAAAUGCAAAGUAUGCUUAAACCACAGUGAAAUCUCACCAAUAUCAAAAAAGAGCCAAGAUAGCUUGAAGUUCCAGAUUCAGACCUGUCAUCGUGACUGGAAAAGAGAAAACAAGACCUCGGUGUCUCUCUGUCUCUGACAAUAAACAUAAUUCUAAAUAAUUCUAAAUCACACAAAUUUCUCUCCAUCCUCCCUGAAUAGGGACCAUGUCACAAAAGAGAGACAGACAGUCAAAGUGAACAUCGUUUUCCACAUCCAACCAGGACCUGUGGAUAAGCAUCUUGGCCAUCUUAAGAUACAGGCCUUUUGUCAGAUUCCAAUGCUUGGUUUUUCUGAAGCUGCUGCUUUUAUUUUAAUGCCAGUAACUGCAAUGGAGAAACUUAGUGCAGUCACAAUGUCACUGUGAAUUGUAAAUGGUAAUCACAAUCUACAGCCUUGUGGCCCAGCAUAUACACUGCUCUACCAUUACCAUCAGGCCAGACUCAAUGAGGAAAGCAUGCCAGGAGCAGCACCAGACAUACCUAAAUAUGAGAUGUCAACCCAUUGAAGUGACAACACAGAACUGUUUGUGUGCUAAACAGCAGAAUCAACAUAGAGAUGUACAGCAUGGAAACAGACCCUUCGGUCCAACCCGUCCAUGCCAACCAGAUAUCCCAACCCAAUCUAGCCCCACCUGCUAGCACCUGGCCCAUAUCCCCCAAACCCUUCCUAUAAGCGACUCCAUAACCAACAGACCAAAUCUUAAGUCUGCAGUCCUGCCACAUCAUGAAUAGCAGUGGACAAUUAGACAACUAAGAGGUAGAAGGUCUGCACAAAUAUCCUCACCCUCAAUGCUUGGGGGAGCCUAGCACGUCAGUUCAAAAAGCAAAAUUGAUGCAUUUGCAUUCAAUUUCAGCCAAAGUACUGAACAGAUGAUCCAGCUCAGCCUUCUCCUGGACUUCCCCAACAUCACAGAAACCACUCCUCAACCAAUUCACUCCACUCCAUGUGAUAUUAGAAAACAGCUGAGGGCACAGAAUAUUGCUAAGUCUUUGAACGGGGAUAACAGUUUAGUAAAAAUAUUAAGGACUUGUAUUCCAGAUAUAGUCAUGCCCCAGCUGAGCUGUUCCAGCACAGCUACAGCUCUGACAUUUACCUGGCAAUGUGGAAUGUGUAUGACCUGUAUACAAAAAGCAGGACAGAUCUAAUCUAGCCACUUAGCAUUCUGAGUCUACUCUCAAUCGAGAGCAAAUUGAUGAAAGGAGCUGUUGACGGUGCUGUCAAGUGGGAAUUUGUUCAGUGAUAACUUGAACAUGAACACUCUGUUCUAGUUCCACUAAGUUUACGUUGGCUUUGGUCCAAACCUGUCCAAAAGAGCUGAACUCCAAAGGUGAGGUGAGAGCAACUGCUCCUGACAUCAAGGCAAUAUUUGACUGAGUGUAGCACCAAGGAACCCUAAUAAAACUCAUGUCAAUGGGAUUCUAAGGGGAAAAAAAAAUUCUCCAAUGAUUGGAGUUACACCUAACAGAAAGGACAAGUUUCGCUCCGUCAUUAAAUCACAAGUUAGAAUAGUUGUGGAUGACAGCACAAUGUUCAGUACCAUUCAGACACUGAAGCAGCUUGUGUUCAUAUUGCAAGAUUUGCACAACAUCCAGCUUGGACUGAUGAGCAGCAAGUAACAUCAUACCACACAAGCAAUGACUCUCGCCAACAACUGAGAGAAUGUAACCAUCACCCCCUAAUGUUCUAUGGCAGUUCAAUCUUUGAAUCCACCACUAUUGACUUCAUAGAGGUUACCAAUAAUUUACUGGAUUAGCCAUAAAAUAUGAAGUCUAUAGCAACUGACGAGAGACCAGGAAUUCUGUGGCAUGUUGCUCACUUUGACUCCCCAAGGCCUUGUUCAUCUACAUGGUAUAAGUCAGGAAUGUCAUCAAAUACUCUCUUUGCCUGAACGGGUAUUGCUCUGACAACACUCAAGACAUUUGACACUAUCCUGGGCAAAGAUGACCACUUGAUUGGUACCAUAUCCAUAACUUUCCACAUUUACUCUCUUCACCACUGAAGCAUAGUGACAGCGGUGUGUACAAGAUGUGCUGCAGUAGCUCCUCAAGCAUUUUCUUUGAUAGCAUUUUCCAAAACUGUGACCUCAACCAUUGAGAAGGAUAAGGGCAGCAAAUGCAUGAGAACAACACAACUUGAAAAUUCCCCUCACAGCCAUUCUUCAUUCUGAUUCGGAACUACUUCAUAGUUUCUUCACUGUCGCUGGAUCUCCCUGGCUAAAGCACUGUGGAUGUGCCUCUGCAACAAAGGCCGUUUCCCAUCAGUUUCUUCAGGACAACUAGGAGUUGCCAAUAAAUGCUGGAUUAUCUAGGGUUACUCACAUAAGAAUGAUUUUUUUUAAUGGUGAAAAAUCACUUGAAGAAGAUUCUUGCUUUAUGUUGCAAUGUAAGUCAGGCUGGUAGGUUUUAUAGCUGCUGUACUUGGAACUGAAAUUGAUUUUACUCUUUGAUGGAGGCUGGAAUUGAAACCAAUCAGACUGGAUACUUUUACAUCUGGUGAAGGUUGGUUAUGUUAGUGACAUGAGUUGAAUGACUUUAGGCUGGAAAUGUAAAACCUGUGGUGCUUUCAUAUAAAUACUUAGGAUCAUAAGAAAAAGGCAGAGGCUACUCAGCCUCAAACCUGGCCUGUUAUUUCAAAUAGAACACAACCGAUCAACAAUUUAACUUUAUUUUACUUAGCUAGGUUCUGUAAUCUUUUAAUUACUCUACCUAACAAAAAUCCAUCAAACUUAGUUUUGAAAUUUUCAGUUGACAUCCAGCCUCACCAGCUUUUUGGGUGAUAGAAUUCCAGAUUUCUAACUCCACUUAAUGAUUAAACUCUUCUCGGUACUCUCUUCACAGAAGCUGAAUUAAUAUGUUGAGCAUUUGCUCAAGAAUUGUACAGAAUAUAAAUUCUGUUCUUGUAUUGCAUUUUUAUUUGGUUGUCUGUUAAGCUUUUCACAAAUGAAAUAAAGUUUCUGUCCUUUUGCCA